GUGUCCACGUAUCGAGUCGUUGAAACAGCUCGAAAAGCAGGACCAAAAGCGUAUGCUGUCUCCACUACCCCAUGCUAGAGCAUCCAGUUCGUCAUAGCGCAUCCCGAGGUUGUGCCAGUAGCAACCCAGGCUGCUGGCGGUCUAAAGGCAAAGUUCAUGACGGGUGGUUUGUAGCCCCGCUCCUGCACGGUUACACGAUUGACACCAACUAAAUUAUAACAACGGGUCGAAAUUUGUGCCAUGCAUGCUUCAGGCAGGACAUCCGGAUUUUCUUGGGUAGCCCAGGCUACCAGCGAGCCAGGGUAGCAAUUAUAUUUUGUUUCCCACACAGUGUUCCUAGUAUUGCUGCUGUAGGUGUGCCUAAACAGGAUGGCUGCGAUGAGCCUAGGCUGGCUGCCGCCCCAGACCGUGUGCAACAAGAUGAACCAUCCGGAGCGUUCCGUACGGGCCAUGGUUCAUGAGCACUCGAGGAGUCCAUUUGGAAGCCCCCAACUAUCGGGUCUGCUAGUGUACAAGCUCGUAGUUCCCAAUGGGGAAGCCUCAAAAAGAUCAGCGGCCGAGUGACAUCAUUUGGGUUGACGUAGGCUUGCGGAACAAACCCUAUGACAUAUCGGUAGCAGGCGAUGGCGGGGCGAAAUUAUUACACCCACUACUGAUUGUUGCAUUUCCAGCCGUGAUGCGUUUCAUGGUC